AUGUCCAAGACUGUUGUGUCUGCUGAUGAAUAUCGACGAGCACGUUCGUCGCUGCUGAGCGAGGAGAAAGCUGCGACGAGACUGCUCUCGUCCGUCGCCGAGAAACGUCGUGCUCUACCAAUGGUCCGACUCAAUGACCCGUCAAGCUUCGUAUUUGCUGGUCCCAGCAAUCGCCAUUUUACUUUGUUAGACCUAUUCCAGGGUCGCCGUCAGUUGAUCAUUUACUUCCACAUGCCCUUCAGCCCCACUGGAGUGGGCUGCGGUGGCUGUUCCUUCUUCAGUGACCACAUUCCUGCUGGUCGCGUUUUGUCGCACCUUCACAGUCGCGACACGACGUUUGCAGCUGCGGCACCGGAGUCGGUGACUGCGGUUGAUGCCUUUCAGAAGCGCAUGGGAUGGACAUUCCCCUUUUACAGCUGCCUAGACACAUUCACUAAGGCCGAUGAGUUGGGCGAUGAUAUCACGUGGCGCCCCUCACCAGGUGCAUUCCGCCUCAGCUGUUUCUUGAGAGAAGGCGAUGAGGUAUUCCACACUUACGAGACAACAAGUCGGGGCGUGGAGGUAGUAUUAUCGACAUACGCUUUGUUGGAUAUGACGCUACUUGGACGACAGGAGUCGGGAGAAGAAGCGAAGAGCUUCCGGCUGCAUGACGAAUAUACGCAGGAGGGAUAG